AAUUAGGUCUGGCGGUGGUUUUAGGUCUUCGGCGAGAGAGAUCGAUUCCAGUGCUUGGCGCCGGGGCAAUAAUGAUCAAGCUUUUCAGCGUCAAGCAGAAGCAAAAGGAAGCUGCCGAUGGCGCCAAUGGCAAACCCAGCGCCGGCAAGAAGCAAACGCCCGGAGAGUUGCGCGUCCAAAAGGAUAUCAGUGAGCUCAACUUGGCGAAAUCUACGUCCAUCAGAUUCCCCAACGGGAAGGAUGAUCUCCUCAACUUCGAGAUAACUAUCGGACCGGACGAAGGCUACUACCACGGAGGUUUGUUUGUUUUCACGUUCCAGGUCUCGGGAAUCUAUCCUCACGAAGCUCCCAAAGUAAAAUGCAAGACCAAAAUCUAUCACCCCAACAUCGACCUCGAAGGAAAUGUUUGUCUCAACAUUCUCCGAGAGGACUGGAAGCCAGUCUUGAGCAUAAACUCGAUCAUCUACGGCCUGCAGUACCUCUUCUUGGAUCCAAACCCGGAAGAUCCUUUGAAUCAGGAAGCCGCUGAGGUGCUUAGAACAAACCCCAAACAGUUUGAAACUAACGUGAGGAGAUCGAUGCAAGGCGGAUUCGUCGGUGGCCACCAGUUUCACAGAUGCGUAUGAUCUCGGUUUCUCGGUCGACUUCUCGAUCGUUCUUGCUCGCUCGCUCGCUCGCUUAGGAAGGGAAAAACAAGGAUUUGUUUGGUACAAAUGGCUGCGAUAUACAGGGAUAUUUCCCAGUUAGUAUCUAUUAAAUUUUGACAUAAAGCAUUGUUGAAUGUACAAAAUUUGUUAAAUGGUUUGAAUUGUUUUGA